CGGAGCUAAAUUCGGGGGCGGGGGCUAGGACACCUUAGGUUGAUUGCGGUUGGCUUGAGACGGAGGGGGAGGAGGAGGGCGCCCGGCGGGGGCGUAGUCGGCGGGAGGUGGGGCCUGUACGGAUCUCGCUGAGCGGCGGAGUGUCUGCAGCGAUGCGGGGGACGAGCUGCGUUGGCGGCGAGAGCCCUGGCGGCUCUGGACUGAGCGAGGGCCCUCGGGCCCGCUGGCUCCGCCUAGCCCCGGUCUGCGCCUACUUUCUCUGCGUCUCGCUAGCCGCCGUGCUGCUUGCUGUGUACUAUGGUCUCAUCUGGGUCCCCACGCGGCCCCCUGCAGGGCCCGCCGGUCAGUCGCCCAGCCCGUUUCCUGCGCCGUGUGCCGCCCACCAGGGCGCACCGCCUGCUCCGGCCGCCCCCUCCUGUCUGCUGGGAUCCCCGGACGGGCUGCGGCCCCCGCUUGAUCUGCCGCGCAGCCGCCGCCACAGCGAAUCCGGCCGCCGCCAGCGCCGCCUGUCGCCGGGAGAAACGCUCGAGGCCUCGGGGGGCUGAGGACCUGGGUAACCCCCUCUCCGCACCGGAUGGCCCGUGUCACGCAGCUGUCCCCAUGGCUGGAUCGCUCUUGGUGACAUCGCACUAGAGGAGGGGCCAGGUUCUUGGCCCAACACCAAGUGUAGCAGCUCCUCAGAGGUCAGGCCAGGCUGAUGCUGAUCUCUACCUCCGCACCCCUUCUGCUCCAUAGGAUGCUGAGCAGAGCCACCCCGUCUUCUCAUGUCCCCUGUCCUUUUGCAAUAAACUCCAGCACAGCUGCC